GACAACGAGUGGUUCGACACUAACUAGCUCUGCAGCCGAGACUAGCACUGUCGUGGAGACAACGAGUGGUUCGACACUAACUAGCUCUGCAGCCGAGACUAGCACUUCCGCAAAAACAACCAGUGAGGAAGAAACAAGCAGCUCCCCGAUAGCUUCUACAUCUGGAACAGAAGCAACAACGAGUGGAACGCUCACUAGCUCUGCAGCCGAGACUAGCACUGCCGCAAAAAUAACCAGUGUGGAAGAAACAAGCAGCUCUCCGAUAGCUUCUACAUCUGGAACAGAAGCAACAACGAGGGGAACGCUCACUAGCUCUGCAGCCGAGACUAGCAUUGCCGCAAAAACAACGAGUGAGGAAGAAAUAAGCAGCUCUACAAUGACUCCCACAACAAGUACAACAGCGGUGAAACCUUGUCAAGCGUUAGAGGACGUAGCCAUAUUUUUGGAGACCUUGGUAGAGAUCCUCGGAGAGAUGCAAGAACUCGUGAUCCUGCAGCAAGAUUUGAAAAAGCUAGAGGAGAGAGCGCGUUACGAAAAUCUGACAGAGGAAAUUAGUAUUCUCGAAGAAAGAAUUGCAGCGGAUAAGAAGAAUGUGUCAAGCCGCUACAGUGCUUUGGAACAAGAGAAGGAAACAUUAAAGUCCGAUUGCAAAGACUGUGAAGAAGGCCAAGACUUACUGGAAGAGAUUGAUAUAUUACUGCAGAAGAUGAGAGAAGCUGUGGACAUCUUGACUGAGCAAAAAAGAGGUGGCGGGCAAUACCUGGAUGAACUCUUAAAAGAAUUUGCACGGUUGCGGAAGGAAUGCAUUGAUCUCAAGCAAAAAACCGAGGACAUAAUCAAGAAUUUGAACGCUGGGUCCCACCCCCCAAACGAUAAUACAUAGCACUAGCUCGGUCACUGUGCUCGAGCUCAUGCUCUUGUAAUCAUUGUCAUUUCUCUUGUAAUCAUUAUCAUUUAUCUGAUUUUUUAAAAGUUGUAACUGCUUCAUUCAGUAUCCGCAUAAAGGUAACGAAUAAAAUAGAUGUCCCUUC